AUGAUUUCGUAAUCAUCACGCAUGGAAUGCCAAGCCUUACAGCUGUGACAGUUUGUAUGUGGAUAAAGACUAAUGCUACAGGAAGAGGAACACUUUUUAGCUAUGCUGUCAAUGAAGGAUAUAACGAACUGCUCUUAGUAGCGCCCCAAAAUUUUGUGUUGCACGUGAGAUCAGUUAAGAGAGGUCCCACCGGAGUAUCUGCCAACGAUGGAAAGUGGCAUCACAUCUGCUUAGCAUGGGAGAAUACCGCUGGAUCGUGGAAAUUGUUCAAGGAUGGUUCAUUGGGGGGUAAUGGUGAAGGAUUAGCAAAAGGCCGAUUGAUCCGCGGAGGUGGACACCUUGUACUUAGACAGGAUCAAGACGACUUGGGAGGAUGCUUUGAAGAACAUCAAAGUUUUACUGGUGAAAUGGCAGAUGUCAAUACCUGGAAUCACGUGAUUUCAGACCAAGAAAUCAGGCGCAUGUCCAAAUCGUACCUGACAGGGACGGGAAAUUUGUUUCAGUGGAGCGACUUCAAAUAUUACCGAAUGGGCUCAGUGCAAAUAGUUCAGCCUUCUUGCUUAAAUUAAAUUGCGUAAUGCUCUACUGAAGUUGAACUUUUAUUCGUAUUUAGAUAG